AUGUCGGAAGAGUAUAUGGACUUUGACCGGUUCAUCGAAACCUUCGAACUCAAGCUCGAUAAAGAAUUUGAUUGCGAUGGUGUAGCAGCUUCAUGGGCUCCCUCAACCAACGGCGGCCCUCAGCUUUGGGGCGACGAGCUUAAUGCAUUCAGGCUCGAUGAAAAUGACCCCAUGUCAGAACUGGCCGAGAAGUCAACCGCGGAGCUGACAAUAAGUCCAGAUAGGGAGUUCAUGGCAAUUGCAACGAACACCGUCAUUAGAAUCUACACUGUCGAGUUGAAAUUAUUGACGGCCGAGUUUGAUGGACACGAAGACACGAUUCAAUCCAUUCAGUUCUGGAAAAUGGACAACGGGAACGUUCAAGAAGCCCGUUAUGUGAUUCUUUCUCAAGACUCCGAGCCUGCGGGUGCUGAUGGCGUGAUAUUUGUGUGGUACCUCGAUGAAUAUGGAAAACGUGUCGGCAAUACAAAAAAUCCCGCUCAAUUCGAAGGCAGAUUUCUCUCGGGAAGCGCAACGGCUCUGAGCUGUGACGAGACUCUCUUCGUGCAUUCGGAUCGAAGCAUCACAACACAGAACUGGUCAAGACCAAGCCACUUGCUCCCGCAACUAGUCAUUCGCUCGCUUUCAGAUCCCCUCACUGAAGUCUGCCGACUUAAAGGCCACCAAGAUUCAAUCAUGUGGGCUUCGUGGUCACCUACCGAUCCCAAUAUCAUAGCAUCGGCAUCUUGGGACGAGAGCUGUCGAAUCUGGAACGCUGCGACAGGCGAAUGCAUCCACAGCAUUCAAGGUCGCAGUGGACAGAACUGGACCGGUGACUUUUCUCCCAACGGAGAGCAGAUUUUGUUUGCUGGCAGAAGCAGAAGCGGUGCAACACACAUUGCCAUUUACACCGUCGCGACCGGUACCUGCAUUCAGCAACUCGAGUUGCCAGGUCUUGACGGCUGGUCUACACCACUAAAGUGGUCUCCAAACGCCGACGUGAUUGCCCUCGUAAUUAAUCGCUCCGUCAUCCUAUGGGAUGUCGCCAUGAACAAGACCACGGACGUCAUGACGGUGCACAGCGACGGUGGUUUGCGCGAUGAUUUUUGCGACAUCACUAGCGUGAAAUGGCUCGAUCAAAAAGGAAGCAAGCUUCUUGUCCGCAUAACUGACCACACGGUCUUCAUCUGGGACAGGCAGCGCAAUUGGAAGUGGAGGCUGCAGAGGCCUCCGGGACUGCAGCAGUUGACGACGCUGUCGAGCGCAGAGGCUUUUAUUGAAGAGAAGAAGUUGCUGCUUUCCCUUGACGGAGAUUGGCAGGUGCGAACUUGGGAAAUCGAGUAG